GGAGGAAUGCGUAGAAGAAGAAGAAGCCACGGUUGUAGCGGCAAUGAAAGAACAGCGUGCUACUUCCAAUUUGAGCAAAACAUAAGUAAAGUGUACAUUGGCUGUAGUAACUAUCUAACGACGGGACGAGUGUUAUCCAGAUUUCUUUUAGAAACUCUUAGGAAUACGUCGGGAGGAUGUCUUUGGUUUGUGCAAUCUCCAAUGAGGUGCCGGAGCACCCGUGCGUCUCCCCGGUGUCCAACCAGGUGUUUGAGCGCAGGCUGAUCGAGAAGUACAUCGCGGAGAACGGGACGGACCCGAUGAAUGGACAACCGCUGUCUGAAGAGCAGCUCGUCGAUAUCAAAGUGUCCCAUCCUAUUAGACCAAAAGCACCAUCAGCUACAAGCAUUCCCGCCAUUCUCAAAUCCCUUCAAGAUGAGUGGGAUGCCGUUAUGCUUCACAGCUUCACCUUGCGGCAGCAGCUGCAGACUACCCGCCAAGAACUGUCCCACGCCCUCUACCAACACGAUGCCGCCUGCAGAGUCAUCGCUCGACUCACCAAAGAGGUCACCGCUGCGAGAGAAGCUCUUGCCACACUCAAACCUCAAGCUGGAUUGGUUGCCCCUCAGGCAGUUCCCGCCUCUCAGCCAGCUGCAGCAGGUGCUGGUGGAGAGCCCAUGGAGAUUAGUGAACAGGUGGGAAUGACCCCAGAGAUCAUCCAGAAGCUUCAAGACAAAGCUACUAUCCUCACCACAGAGAGAAAGAAGAGAGGAAAGACUGUGCCAGAGGAGCUGGUUAGAGCUGAGGACCUCAGCAAAUACCGCCAAGUUGCCACCCAUGCUGGUCUUCAUAGUGCCAGUGUUCCUGGUAUUCUGGCUCUGGAUCUGUGUCCCUCUGACACCAACAAAGUGCUCACUGGUGGAGCCGAUAAGAAUGUGGUGGUGUUUGACAAGAGCGAGGAGCAGAUUGUGGCGACACUCAAGGGUCACACAAAGAAGGUCACCUCGGUCAUUUACCAUCCAUCUCAGUCUGUGGUCUUCUCUGCAUCUCCCGACAACACCAUCCGUGUGUGGUCUGUCGCUGGAGGCAACUGCGUCCAGGUGGUUCGUGCCCACGAGGCAGGUGUCACUGGACUCUCCCUACAUGCCACCGGGGACUAUCUGCUCAGCUCCUCUGAAGAUCAGUACUGGGCCUUCUCUGAUAUUCAGACUGGUAGAGUCCUCACCAAAGUAACUGAUGAAAGUGCUGGCUGUGCCCUCACCUGUGCUCAGUUCCACCCUGAUGGUCUCAUUUUUGGCACUGGUACGGCUGACUCCCAAAUCAAGAUUUGGGAUCUGAAGGAGCGCACCAAUGUGGCCAACUUCCCCGGCCACUCCGGUCCCGUCACCUCCAUCGCUUUCUCUGAGAAUGGAUACUAUCUGGCCACAGGUGCCCAGGAUAGCUCUGUGAAACUGUGGGAUCUGAGGAAACUGAAGAACUUCAAGACCAUCACCCUCGACAACAACUACGAGGUGAAGUCCCUUGUGUUUGAUCAAAGUGGUACCUACCUGGCUGUCGGAGGCUCUGACAUCCGUGUCUACAUUUGCAAGCAGUGGUCUGAGGUCCUCAACUUCACAGACCAUACAGGCUUGGUGACUGGGGUGGCCUUUGGAGAGAACGCUCAGUUCCUGACCUCUGCAGGAAUGGACAGAAGCCUCAAAUUUUACAGUUUGUAGAAGCAUAAAUUCUGGAUGGGAGGAUAGCGAGGUCUCUGUCUGAGCGGUCACUAUCCUGGACACGACUUGGAAUAGACCCGUAAUUUGUAGAAAAACAAGAAAAAGAAAAUCUGAGCUAACUUUGCUUCUUUAGUGUGUUAGUUGUCACGUCCAGGAAAGAAAACCCAUGAAAUUAACUGCUCAUUGAAACCACAGCAGCAUGCUUAGGAUAACAUGUUUGUUGGCAUUGAAAUAAAAAAUGAUGUAAAACGAGAUGCAGAAGCCAGUGUAAUGUUCCUGUCUGAUUUGGCAGCAAUUAUGAUUUUACUGUAGUUUUUCUUUUUUGUUUGGGGUCUGAUAUUGCUCGUGAUACAACUCCAGUUGUAGUUCACUUUUGGGGACUAUAGGUGGUGUGGAAAAAAUCUGCUUUGCUUUGAUGUAGACCAGCUUCAUUACAGUCUCUUUGGGGUAAGAUUAAAAUAAUCUGUUGUUAUGAACAGUCCAACCAAGCAGAAGAUGAUCAACAGUAUGACAUUCAUUUUCUUCUGUGACAAAUUUAGUCUUGUUUAACCUCCCCACAUUUUCAUUUCCUGUAUCAAUUGUUCCAUUUAUUAUUUUGUCUUUUCCUCCAACUGUACAUUUCUCAUAACUUGCUAUUUUAUCCGUUGCACUGCUGCCCUUUUACAGUAAAAUAAAAUAUCUUUUGUAUUGCCAUACACGUGUUUGUAAGAUUGGGUCCUCUGAAAGAAAUAAAACAAUUUCUCUUUGCCUCCA